GAUCAUUGGCCGAGGGGCGGGAGAGGCGGCUGUCCUCCUCGCGGGGCCCGCCGGCGGCAGCAUGCAGAACGUCAUCAACACGGUGAAGGGGAAGGCCUUGGAGGUGGCCGAGUACCUCACCCCCGUGCUCAAGGAGUCCAAGUUUAAAGAAACUGGAGUGAUUACACCUGAAGAAUUUGUUGCAGCUGGAGAUCACUUAGUUCACCACUGUCCUACUUGGCAAUGGGCUUCAGGAGAAGAACUAAAAGUCAAGGCUUAUCUGCCAACAGACAAACAGUUUUUGGUAACUAAAAAUGUGCCAUGCUACAAAAGGUGUAAGCAGAUGGAGUACUCGGAUGAGCAGGAAGCAAUUAUAGAAGAAGAUGAUGGUGAUGGGGGAUGGGUAGACACUUUUCACAAUGCAGGUGUAGUGGGUGCAACAGAAGCAGUUAAGGAGAUCACACUAGACAGUAAGGAUAAUAUAAAAAUACCAGAACGUUCAGCAUCUUGUGAAGAUGAUGAUGAGGAAGAUGAAGGAGAAGCUGCUGACAUGGAAGAGUAUGAAGAAAGUGGGCUAUUGGAGACAGAUGAUGCAACGCUUGACACGAGACAGAUUGUAGAAGCUAACAAAGCUAAAGUUGAUGUUGGAGGGGAAGAUGCUAUUCUACAGACUAGAACUUAUGACCUCUACAUCACGUAUGACAAAUAUUACCAAACUCCAAGGCUCUGGUUAUUUGGAUAUGAUGAGCAACGGCAGCCUUUAACAGUAGAGCAUAUGUAUGAAGAUAUUAGUCAAGACCAUGUCAAGAAAACAGUGACCAUUGAAAACCAUCCUCAUCUUCCUCCACCUCCCAUGUGCUCCGUUCAUCCAUGCAGGCAUGCAGAAGUGAUGAAGAAAAUAAUUGAGACUGUUGCAGAAGGUGGGGGAGAACUUGGAGUUCACAUGUACCUUCUUAUUUUCUUGAAAUUUGUACAGGCGGUCAUUCCAACGAUAGAAUAUGACUACACGAGGCACUUUACGAUGUAACUAAAAUAAGAGAUGUCCUCCUCUAAUUAUCAAAUCUUUUUUUAAAUAACCCAUCCAUGUGACCUAUACAACAUUAUACACAAUUUCUGUAACUAACCUUUUAUCAAGUUGAUGGAUUAAAAUAAAAUGUUCCAUUACCAGCCUUUUUAAUAAAAAUCUUUGUGUGUAAUAUAAAUAAAUCACUUUCAUUCCUGUA